UUGAGACAAAAGUGGUCACAAAACACACGUCGUGUUCAGGCAAAAUCCAUGUGCCCACAUGGAUGAUUGAGAGAGAGAUAGAUUCACAUUCACAAUCGAAAAAACAAACAAAACAACUUAUUUAUGUUUCUGUUUCUGUUUUUGUUACAUUAUAUUUAUGUCUUCACCACAUAGUAAAUAGAACACAACACAAAAAACAAAAUAACACAAACUGACCCACCAAUGAAAAUUUGUUCAAAACAAGAACAUGGAUCCAAAGUUUGAAACUUUUAAUGCUUCAAAGUAGUUUUAGUAUCAAAAAAAGUAAAGGGUUGUUUUUAUUUUUGUGAUAUAUAAGUUUUUUGUAUGUUUUUUGGUGUUGAGUUGAAGAAAUGAAGAAGAGUGAGAGUGGUGGAUAUGUGAGAGCAGAUCAAAUAGAUCUGAAGAGUUUAGAUGAACAAUUACAAAGGCAUCUUAGUAGAGCAUGGACUAUGGAGAAGAAGAAUAAGGAGAAAGAAGAUGAAGGUGGUGAAGUUGAAGUAGGAAGAUCUUCUUCUAAUAGUAAUACAAGAAAUAGACAAGAAUGGGAGAUUGAUCCUUCUAAACUUAUUAUCAAAACUGUCAUUGCUCGUGGUACUUUUGGUACUGUUCAUCGUGGUGUUUAUGAUGGCAUAGAUGUUGCUGUUAAGCUCCUCGAUUGGGGUGAAGAGGGCCAUCGGUCAGACGCCGAAAUAGCCUCAUUGAGAGCGGCUUUUACCCAAGAAGUUGCCGUAUGGCACAAGCUUGACCAUCCUAACGUAACCAGGUUUCUUGGUGCAACAAUGGGAACAUCAGAUCUACAGAUACAAACAGAAACCGGUCAUAUAGGAAUGCCGAGUAAUCUAUGUUGUGUUGUUGUUGAGUAUUGUCCUGGUGGUGCUUUGAAGUCGUAUCUAAUUAAAAACCGAAGAAGGAAGCUGGCUUUUAAAGUGGUUGUUCAACUAGCUCUUGACCUUGCAAGAGGGUUGAGUUAUCUCCACAUGAAGAAGAUUGUCCACAGAGAUGUUAAAACAGAAAACAUGCUUCUAGACAAGACACGAACGUUGAAAAUCGCUGAUUUUGGUGUAGCUCGUAUCGAAGCUUCGAAUCCUCAUGACAUGACUGGUGAAACUGGAACCCUUGGUUACAUGGCUCCUGAGGUUCUAAAUGGCAGUGCAUACAAUAGAAAAUGCGACGUGUAUAGUUUCGGCAUAUGUUUAUGGGAGAUAUACUGCUGUGACAUGCCAUAUCCUGACCUUAGUUUUUCAGAAGUAACAUCAGCCGUUGUAAGACAGAAUCUAAGGCCAGAAAUUCCGCGAUGUUGUCCGAGCUCACUCGCAAAUGUGAUGAAAAGAUGUUGGGAUGCUAAUCCGGAUAAGAGACCAGAGAUGGAUGAAGUUGUCACCAUGUUGGAAGCUAUUGACACUUCAAAGGGUGGAGGUAUGAUCCCUCUUGAUCAGCAACAGAGUUGUUUAUGUUUCCGCAGGUAUAGAGGACCUUGAAAUAUUUUUCACUAUCAAGGAAUGUUUUAAACAUCGGACCGCAGAUCAAACCGGCGAUAAGCAGUUUGUAUUUUAUCUCAUUUGUAUUAAGAAUAGAGAAGGAAGAAUCAAGAUGGAAAACACCAAAAAAAAAAAAGUGAGUGAAAGGCAUAGUUAAUGAAGAGCUCUACAAUUACUUUGUUAGGCUAUAAUUUUUGUAAAGCUAAUUUGUAUUCCUCAUUUUCAUUCAAACCAUUUUUAUAAUAUGUUUCUCUAUGUAAGUUGUAACACUUGAUAGUAGUAGCAUGGACUGUUCCAACACUAAUAUCAAGGUCCUCAUGGUUCCAUUUGAUUAUCUGUUUUUGAUGAAUAUGAAUCAAACUCAGUACCUCGGAGUUUACAA